GUUCUUGGGCCAAGCUGUCCUGACACGUUGCAGCAGCACCAACAGACCGCUGACUGGAGCUGGACCAGGAGGAGUCCUCUGGAUCUUUAUUUGUCCUGCUUCACCUGUAUGACUUGAUUAAACAGCUGCAAUGAAUCAGAGCAAAGAGGAAGUUGAGCCUUUUCAAUAUUCUUAUUAUGACUAUUCAGACUGGUACUCAAACAACGCAGAGCCUACAAAACCACCCAAAGAAGUUAUUUUACCAUGUGACCCAACAGCAGAUGACAAGCUCUUCCAUAUAUGCAUAUUAUCGAUAUCACUGGUGAUCAUGUUAAUCCUGGCAGGUCUCACCAGGAAAAAUAAAUUCUGCCAGGGUUUCACAAGAGGAUCCUCAAGCAUCUUCAGUCCAGCCAACUUCCUGGAUCAGACUCAGAAAAAAGGAGUGGUUAUGGCUGUUUUUGGACUGGUGUUCAGCAAGCUGGCAAUGCUGGUGAUCACCCCAGACCCUCUGCCUUUCUCCAAAGAUACUCCAGCAGAUAUUAAAGAGUACAUGAAGAUAAUCGCCAUAUUUUAUUACCCAAUCCUGUAUUAUCCUCUGUUGGUAUGUGGAACUCUGCAGCGCAAAGCAGGUUAUGUGUUUGGGACACUGCUCUCCUUCACUCACUUUGGAGUCCUGGUGUGGCAGAAAUUUGACUGUCCAAAGACUCCAGAGAUCUAUAAAUACUAUGCUCUACUCGCAAGUCUGCCUCAGCUGGCCUGCCUUGCAUAUCUCUGCAUUCAGUUCCCUUUGCUGUUUGUGAAAGGACCAAAGACCGACGAGGACCUUGACAGCAGCUACUACACCAACUAUGUGAAGUUACUUCUCAAGAAAAAGUCCUCAACUGUCAGUUCGUCAGUAUCUGACAAACCAGCGCUGGCAGAGAGAAUUCUGGAGGUGAUUAAGGGUUACAUUUAUAUUCCAGAAAAAGUGUUUCGUUUUCCACUGAAGCUGGCGGUAUCAUCUUUUGUUACCUGCGUGGCUAUAUAUCAUACCGCACUCUUGAUAGUUGUCUUGGUGGUGCCCACUCUCCACAUUGUUCGUGCUGGUAUUGAUGAAAAUAUCGCCUUCUUGUUACUGGGUUUUGGGAUUGUAUUAUCAGAUGACAGGAUGGAGGUUGUUAGAAUUGUGACUUUUUACACAUGGCUGCUGGAAGUAUGCUACCUCUGUGCGAUGACCCUGUCUUGCUUGGUCAGCCUUAUUAUGCUCAUGAGGUCCAUGGUUCUCCACAGAUCAAACCUAAGAGGACUGUAUAAGGGAGACAUUUACAAGAUUUGCAACAACCAGAAAACCAUGCAUCCGUCUAGACCUGGUGUUGUCUGUUGGAUGGGCUUGACAGGAUACCAGGCUGCAAUCGUCAGCCUUGGAAUGGCUAUCCAGACCAUUGUGUUUUUCAUCUGCUUCUUGUUCCUGGUGUUUUUGAUCAUUAUCCCAGUGUUUUACGGCCGUAACAUCAUUGUCUUUGAAAUUGCAGGAAAGGCAUGGCCAGCCUGGGUCACACUGAUACUGGUUACAGGGCUUCAGCAUGUGACUGCUAAGUUCGCUUUCAUCAAACAAAAAGCCGGCACAAGAGACCUGAACAACAGAGAGAGUCUGUUCCUCCUGACGUACCUGCUGUUCCUAAUCAACACUGUGGUGGGGCUGGUUGUUGCCAUAUGGAGAAUAGUAAUAACAGCUUUGUACAACAUCAUCCAUCUUGGUCGUAUUGACGUCAGUCUGCUGCAUCGCACAGCAGAGUCCUAUGACCCAGCCUACUGCUACUACACACACUUCCUGAAGGUGGAGGUCAGUCAGUCGCACCCGGUGAUGAAGGCUUUCUGUGGGCUGCUGCUGGACAUGAUGGUUGGGGGUGGGAGAGCUGGCCAGAAAAUACGAGAUGCAGAGGAAGGGAUUCAGGAGAAUAAGCCAAGCAAGGCGAACAGCAGUCAAAGGAUUCGCUCUCGCUGGCAGCUGAUGUACACACUGGUUAACAACCCCUCCCUGCUGGGCUCCAGGAAGCAUUUUCAGACUCUGCAGAACUCGGAGAACGUCCUGAAUGGCACCCCCAACCGAACCUCCAAAAAGGGCAGCAAGACGGAAGCCAGCAAGCUGGGAGCAGAGCCAGCAGAGCCCACUGAGACCCCCGAAAGCCAAGAAAAAACAGAAUGAGUUUGAGUUGGCAAUAUAUUUCAAAAUUGUACUGGGUGUGAUCUGCAUUAAACAAACCUGCAUGUGCUAAAUAUAACUACUGCAAUCAACUGCUUUGCUUCAGAGAUCUUUUAGCAUUUAACUUAUGUAAAUAGUUGUCUAAAUGAUUCUGUGUUUAUUUCUCUUAGGUUAGCUUUAGGCAACAAAAACAUUACGUUAAGAUCACAUCCAGAAAGUACAAAAAUACAGAAUAUAUGUACUUAAACAGAAGUACAGAUACUAGUGUUAAAAAAUACUCCAGUAAAAGCUGAAGUACGGAUUCAACUUCUAUACUCAAAUAAAAAAGUACCGGCUCUGAAAUGAACUCAAAGUAAUAAAAGUAGCUCUUUGGAGAGUGUUUCUACCACCUAUUUUUGUGCAAAGUUAACUGAACUGAACUACUCAGCUUGAAUCAAUUAUGUGGGAUUCAGCAGGUGGAGGAAACCUAAAAUCAGUUCUAAUGGCUCAGAGUGGGGAAAAGAAAAGAAUCACAACUCACAUUAAUUUCUAAUGUGAGCUCCAGUAGAUUUUCUUAGUGUACAGGCUGUGAUCAGCUGACCCGCUGCUCUUUGUGGAUUUAUACACCUGAUAUUAACCAGAUGUGAGCAGAUGUUUCAUAAGCUGUCCUGAUUGAUUUCUAUCCUGACAUUAUUUUGUGUAACUUUUUACUAGACAGUCACUGUCCACAAGUCACACACUGUUCUUCACUUCAAAUGCAUCACAGUACAGACUAGCUAACCUUUUCACCCUGCACUAAUCUGUAGAGUAUUUUCAUAAAUAACACAGUUAGGGUUAGUCUACCUCAGUUUUUGUUGCAGCUUGUUUCACAAUAUGAAACAACAUGUAACAUGUACAGACCCAGUAUCUGAUUUAGAAUAGAAUAGCCCUUUAUUGUCAUGUACAUGUACAACAAAAUUAUGGAAAUUAUUAUUUAAAAACAUGAAGACAUCAUGUAAGCUUUAAACUUCUAGUUUAUCCAAUCCUAAUGAGGAAAUAGCUGUAGUCCUUAUCCUUAAAUCUAACCUCUCUUCUUCCUCCCCUGUCCUGUCUUUCUUAUCUCCAUCUCUGAAUGAAUUUAGCUCUCUGACUUUUCUCUCCCUGUGAAAUAAGCAGUAGCAGCAGACAAACUGCGCACAGUGCUUUUGAUGAUGCUUGUUGUGCUGAUAAAAAUGUUGUAUUUGAAAUUACCUGCCACUAAAAAUAUGUCACUCCA